AAAUAACAACGAACUAAAACUCAUGCUCGAUUUUGUAAUACGUGAGUUGAAAUGGAAGGAAAGCUUUAACCAAUAAGACUUAUUUUAUAUGCGUAACUGGACUUGGCAGACAAUGUAGAUGUUCUUAUGAAAUCGUUGUUUCUAUGGUUACAGUCGUCUCGAACGUUUACAGCAAGCAAACAGUGUGGAAACACAGCGUGUUCUGAUAAUCAGCUAUUCAGACGCAUCACAACUUAAAAGACAAAAAUCAAAAAUGCCUCUCCGAAACGGCGUUCAUUCACCAACUAAAGUUCCUGCACGAUUACCACCGAUUAAACCACCUAUUGGUCAAGCGCCAAUGCCAAAUCUAAGGAAUGUAACUUCAAAAAUCGGAUCUCUUGAUAACAUUAAAUACAAACCUGCUGGAGGAGACAAAAAGCAAGUGGUGACAAAAAAGUUAGAAUGGACUGCUGAAUCAAAGGUUAGAUCAUUGGAUAACGCUACGUACAAACCUGGCGGUGGAGGAAAGAAAAUCCCCACUCAGAAGAUAGAGUGGAAUGUGAAACCUAAAGUAGGAGCUAAAAAUCUUACUUACACACCAGGUGGAGGCCAAGUUAAGAUCGAAUCUCGAAAAUUGGAAUGGAAGCCAAAUGUUGCAUCAAAGAUUGGUUCCACAGAAAAUAUAAACAAUAAGCCAGGAGGUGGUCAAGCGAAAAUGAAAACCGAAAGGGAACAUCUCGAAGAAAAGGAUCCUUCUCCAGUAAUCUCCCUCCCUACAUCUGAGAAGGGUGAUGAAACAACGAGUCCGGUUCAACCUUCUUCCCCUCAACCUGAUGACCAACCAUUAUUGCCUCCUGUAGAUGAGCCCCCAACUGAAGAGCCUAUAACAGAGACAGGAGGACCAGAAAAUGAACCGUCAGCAGGUCAGCCAGAAGAGGGGGCAACAGAAGAGCCAAUACACGAACCUGAAGCAAUAGUGGAACAUGCUUCUGACGAAACUCUACCAGAACCAGGUGAAACACAAGAAACUUCAUCGGCAUUGGAAACAACAAGUGUCUUACCUCAAACGGAAGAAGAAAAAAAAUCACUAUCAGAAUCAGAAACAAUAGAAGGUGCUUUGCCAGAAUCCCACGAAGUUGCUCCAGAGCAGGGAAAUGAAACUGCAGAAGAUAACUUGCCACAGCCUGAUGAAGUUGCACCAGAAACGGAAACUACACAAGAUGUUGUUCCACAACAAGAAACUAUGUUAGAAGCAGCCACAAAAGAUGAUACUGUACCACAAACAGAAGAAGUUGCACUACAACCGGACACAGCAACAGCUGCUGAGUUACAACCAGAAGAAGUUGCAUCACAAUCAGACACAUCAAUGGAUGCUGUGAUACAACCAGAAGAAGUUGCACCACAAUCAGAUACAGCAACGAAUGCUGAGCUACAACUAGAAGUUGCACCACAAUCUGAUACAGCAACGGAUGUUGAGUUAGAAACAAAAGAAGUUGCACCACAAUCGGACACAGCAAAGGACGCCGAAUUACAACCAGAAGAAGUAGAACCACAACCGGAAACAACAGAAGCUUCAAUAUCUCAACCAGAAGGAACUGCAGAACCUGCUCCAGAAUCAAAUGCAUCAGACGAAACAGCGCAAGAAACAACAGGGGAUGAGAAAUAUGAGGCUCAAGAAAAUAAGGGUCCAGAGGAUGCGGUUGAAAACACUUCAGUGGAAUGUUAACCAUCGUUUUGCAAUAUAAGAUAUAUUGCAUUUUUCAGCUUGCUGGUAGAUAGUGAGCUAUAACUCUUGCAUAUUAACCAAUCUUUACAUAUUUAUACCCAAAGCUAAACCUAUUUUUACUUUUCUUUAAUGCUUGAAAUGUUCUGAACACGUUUGUAAAAAUUUCAAACAGUAACGUCAUUUUAUUAACAUGAGGCCACCGAAUCUCGUUCUUGAUAACAUUAUAUCAAUUAUUUAAUGUAAGACAUUGCAAUGUUUUGUGGAUACAUUUUAUUUCUUAUACCGCCUAGCUACAUUGAAAAAUGUAUACAAUAAACAUAAAACAUUUUAGUUGACAGUUUGAUUUUAAGACUUUUUGCAACCCGUGUGAACGUACAUAAGCGUAUAUAUAUAUAUAUAUAUAUAUAUAAAUAUAAUAUAUAACAUGAAAAUAAUGUUUUCUAAGGGGAAAAAAUUAUCUUGAGAUUUACAUUAAUCCUAAGCAUGUGCAGAGUAUCCCAAAAUUCAGGCGCUAUAGGUAAAAUAGACCUUUCACAUAAUUUGUUCGAUGCGUUAUGCAGAAAAUCCUUUUUACAACGAAGUCAAAUUUUGGGAAUCAUGUAACUUCGAAAAUAAGGGAAUACUUUUCUUAAAUGAUGUGCUUGUUCUUGUUAAAAUAUGAUAUCUUUGACAGAUAUUACUAAUCUUCUUUUAUUUAUUUUGUAGUACUUUCAGUAAAAAAUGUAAAUGUCACAUCGUGUGUCUCAGAGAAUUUUAGUGUUGCUAAAGCAAAACAUGAUUUGGUUACCAAUAGUUUGUCAAAAUUCGUCUUCAUUUGUCUAGAUUAAACUUGUGUGAUAUAUGUGAUUAAAUCCUAUUACUACUGUUUUAUUGGAUCACGAAUAUAUACGAAUUAUUAUCAGCUCUUUAGAGAAGAAAAAACGAAAUUAGCUUUACAGCCGAUUUUAAGAAUAUUAAAAAAAACGAUAUAAAAAUUUGUGCGUGAAAAUGAAAAAGAAUGAUUAGGUCUUUUAUGGUUCAUCCUUAUGAACAGCGCUUGUUUUAUGGUUCAUCCUUAUGAACAGCGCUUGUUUUAUGGUUCAGCCUUAUGAACAGCGCUUGUUUUAUGGUUCAUCCUUAUGAACAGCGCUUGUUUUGUGGUUCAUCCUUAUGAACAGCGCUUGUUUUCGAAGCUUGACCCUACCGGUGGUCAACGGUAAGUUUACAGAGUUACAAUGCCAAAAUCCGGGUUCGAUUCCCCCAUGAUGGACACAGCGCAGAUAA